AACAGGAAGUGAAACGCAUGCAUCGCCUUCUUUGGUGUUUGGUGUUGAAUCGUAACGGGCACUAAAAUGUCGUAUUUGCGUUUAUAGUGUUUGCAUUUGCAUUGUAGGUUGUUGUGCAGUGAAAAAAAAAAUGAUUUGAUUUGCUUGUUACACACAUCCAUUUAAAGAUAUGGCAACUGGGAUAGAACUGGAAUGUCGGAAUGAAUUUAAUGGGGUCAUCAGGAAAGUUAACAAACUUUUAAUGUUCCAGAACUUUGAGGAUGUGCUGUGUGCUUGCAGAGAUGCUAUCGUUAAAGUCGAACGAUACGAACGACUUGCUGCACGUUCGGGAGAUCCGAGUGAAGACUCCGAAAACAGCUUGAAGUACUUCUUAUCUGAAUUGGUAGAGUCACUUUGUAUCCUUGCUGUACAGGCAUUUGCUGAAACAAACCGCCAUGAGGAAGUGUUACCAUUCUUGAAAGCUCAUUACCAUGGUGUCAGACAUUUUCCAUUGAAAAUUAUUCAAAUUUGCAUACUUAUGUACGGUCACAUAAAGAAUUUCAAGAUGGCAGACGGUGUUUUCAAGGAAUGGAAGAAGUUUCCUCGCAAUCAAGCCUCAUCAUCUUACCCAGGAAUACUAGAGCUGUACAUCAUUAAUAUACUGCUACCACAGAUGAAAUGCAACGAGGCUGUGAAAAUGGCCGACGAGGACGCCAUUAUCAAUACGGAGAGGAAAAUAGCUCUUAUUAGAUUUGUAAAGAAAUUUGAACAUGCAAUUAAUGAGGAAAACAGGAAGAAAGUUGAUGAACAGGACAUGAAAAAAGAGGUUCCUGGUGCAUUUACUGAAGUGGUAAAGAAAAUGGGACAGGUUGUUUUUAAGUUUAUACCAUUGCAUUUUACUGUUGUCAAGAAUCUUUCUAUGGUGGCUGUUUUCCUAUAUCUUAUCUUAUUUAAAACAAAUCUUGAUACCGUAUCUGGACUGGAAUACGCCAAACAGUUGUUGAGAGGAGUUGUAUACUUAUGGACCUCUAUGUUUGCUCCCUAUCAUAUGGCAACAGUAUCUCGGAAACUAUAGUAAUGAACUUAUCAAAGAUGAAUCACAGUCAGUGCGCCUUCUGGUAGCCAACACAAUUACAAUUAAAACCUUAUAAUAGGAAUGCGAAUUUACACCUUCCAAAAUAAUAUUGUGGUCUUAGUUAUAUCUUUCAAAAUUAAAUUAUUUGUUAGGGAAUAUUUGGCUCAUGAUAAGUUAUGAAAUUAAUUUAAUUUCACAAUGUACAAUUUUUUUUUAAUUAUAAUAGUGGCACUAAUAAGUCUGAAUAACAUGUCAGAUGUCAAUGCAGCUCGAAUCAUAUAAAAUUCUGGAGUUUGAAACCCACAAAAUAAGUUAGAUGUGGACAUACAUGAGAUCACAUACGAUGGCCGAUGAGUUGUUCGGGUAAGGGAUAAUCGUAUCGCAGAGCUGGUACUGUAUAGUGAGGGUGAGGAAAUAACGACAUGUGCAGGUGGGCAGUUAUGAAAUAAGUAGAUAAACCAAUUGCAACCAACUUUUUGUGAAAUAAAAUUCAGGUCUUUAUA